AUGUCAAAACAAGCGGUAAAAGAUGCAGCCAAAAGCAUGGUUAAAGUUCUUGAGAAAUUUCCAGAGGAACGUAUUAAACAUGUAAUCUCAUUCAAAGAUGUACAGAUUGAGAGAUUCCAAAAGAUCUCAGGGGCAAAAAUGAGCACUGGAGCCGAGGCUCAAAAACCGUCUAUUUCAGAUAUUAAAGAUAUUAUUAACAGAACUUCAAAACCAUUAGGUUUAAGCUCUAAACUUUUGAAAGAAAUGCAAUCCUCUUCACCACAAGAAGAGUUUACCGAGGUUUCAAUUAAUGAACAGAUUAAAGCCUUAAAUAAUUUAAUGGCCAAUAAACUUAAGAACUAUUAUGAUGCUGGUGACAAGAUAUACAAACCUGCCGGUAAUCCAUAUUACUACCAAAGAUUAUUAGAUGAAUUAGAAGGUAAAAGGAAAGAGAACAUUUUUACAGCUUUCAGAACGGUUGUAUUUGGAAAAUAA